UUCUGCCUCAAACAUCACUCACGACGAUUCUGCACUCACCAAUCCUUUCUGUUUGUUGCAUUCGGCAUCGAGCAAAGAUGCCAGGCAUUAGCUUCUGCCAAAAUUCAGAUGAAGAGAAAGGAUUUUGAGUUUGAUACAUCCAUGCUGUCUCAAGUAACCAUCCAUGACUUGAAAGCAGCAAGUCAUGAAGAGGCGCGUGGUAUUCCGGUAUCAAACCCCAGAGUGCAGCGUUUAAUGAAACAUAUUCGAGUGACAGCGAGCCAUGUAAUGGGAAUGGACUCAUUCCACACAGCCAUCCAUAGCCAAGUCUGGAGCACAACAUUGAACAUUAAGGUUCCCAAGACCACAUGUACAAAUUCCAACACUCCCAGCAUCUGGCUCACUGUGAACCCAAGUGACAUUCACAACCCAGUGGCACAAGUCUUCGUUGGGAAAGAGAUCGAUUUGCUAGCCCUAGAUAAAGUCCUCAGCAAUGCCAUUGAUCGUGAACGUGCAAUUGCAAGCAAUCCUUAUGCUGCAGCGAAAUUCUUCCAGUUCAUCAUUCAAACAAUGCUGAGCACACUGCUCGGGAUUCAAGUACGAGGUCACCACAUUAGCCGCAAAUGCGGCAUAUUCGGCUAUGUCCAAGCAUAUAUUGGCAUUGUCGAG